ACCAACCCAAACCCAAACUCUCAACCGCAAAAAUGUACAAGCUCUUGGUCCUGCCGCUGUUCUUCGCCGCCGCGUCGGCCGCUUACCUCGGAGCCCCUCUGGCCUACGGUGCCCCAGCCCUGGCAGCUCCCUAUGCCGCUCCCUAUGCCGCUCCCUAUGCUGCUCCCUAUGCUGCCGCUGCCUACCACGCCCCGCUGGCCUACCAUGCUCCAGUAGUGAAGGCCGUUGCUCCACUGGCCUAUCACGCCCCGGUCGUUAAGGCUGUCGCACCACUCGCCACCUCGUAUGCCAACACCUACAAGCUCUCCGUGAAGGCUCCAGUUGCCUAUGCUGCACCAGCCUACGCUGCUCCAGUCGUUGCCCAUGCCCCAGCCGUCGUUGCUGCCCCGGCGUACCACGCUCCUCUGGCCUACUCCGGAUACCCCGGAUACCUGCACUAAGAGUCUCUACGUCGCUAGUUAGCUCCUCUAGUUAGUGCCCUCUUUCUUCCCACUACACCGACAUCCAAACCAGCAGAUUCAUUCGUCAACUGAAAGAUGAACGCACAGCUCAACAACACACAUUCCUAUAGAAACACUUAACUUUUUUUUGGAUCCUUCCAAACGCGGGAAAACAACCACCCAACCCGGACGACGCGGGAAACGGACGACGGGCUCGGCGGUUGACUGUCCGUAAGCUGAGAUUUUAGCAGAUUUUAUUUAAGUCAUCAUCCAUUAACGAAUAGCAGUGUGCGAGAACCAGCAUCUCAAAGCGAGAACAAAAUGAGUCUAA